AUAUUUCUACCAUUUGGUUUACGACAAGUUAUUGAAAAUCGAAUUGAAACAAAAGAUGUGGAUUGUACAUUAUUUGAUGAAGCAAUUAAACAUGUUGAACAAGUCCUUAAGAAUGAUCCAUAUGUACGAUUUCUACAAUCAACCGAAUACAAUGAUUUAUUGAUUAAAUUAAAAGGAAAUUAA